CUCACGACAGAGCGUAAACGCGCGAUACUACAACUUCCCGUUAGCCCGCGCGCUCGCAGCCAUCCGAUGGAGGAUGAGGUAGCCAUGUUGUAGCUGUGACCAGAGCUUGUGAGUGGAAAGAAAGCAGAAACAAUCUCCUUCUGUCUGCUCGCGACACAAGGCUCCAUCGGGUUUCUUGCGCGCUGACCGCCGGUUGGCAGCGGACACCAUGAGCGGCGGGACGCCGUACCUCGGCAGCAAGAUCAGCCUGAUCUCCAAGGCCGAGAUCCGCUAUGAAGGGAUCCUGUACACCAUCGACACCGAGAACUCUACUGUCGCACUGGCUAAAGUGCGUUCCUUCGGCACAGAGGACCGGCCCACUGACCGGCCCAUUCCCCCCCGAGAUGACACGUUUGAGUACAUCAUCUUCAGAGGCAGCGACAUCAAGGACCUGACUGUGUGUGAGCCGCCCAAGCCUACAUGCUCACUGCCUCAGGACCCAGCCAUCGUCCAGUCGUCGAUGAGCUCCAGCUCUUCUUCUGCUGCGGCGGCUCCGACUCCGUUCCAGUCAGCCGGGUCCUACGGGCUCUUCAACCGGGCUCCGGCGCCGGCCUACAACCAGUUCAGCGCCAGCCCGCUGGUUUCCCCCCAGUUCGGACCCGUUGGUGUCGGAAGAGCCCGUCCUGGAGCAGGUGAUCCAAACUGCCCGUCUGCCCCGGCAGCCGCCAGCACGGCCCCGGCCCCCGGGCUGGGACGCAGGAGCCCCCCACUGCCGCCCGGCCCCCCCUCCUCCGUCCAGAAGGUCCAGCAGCACCUGGAGGCCGUGGACUCACGGAGGGGGGGGCGCGGCAGCCACGCCUGGUCUGCCCCCAGAACCAUCUCCGCCUCACGCAUCAUCGCUGGGGAGAGACCCUCCCCCACAGGGCUGCCCCACUCCGUCUUCAGCCAAUCAGCGGCUGCCGGAGCCCAGGCGAGCCGGCGUGGGCGUGGCGGAGGACACCGCGGCCGAGGACGCUUCAACGUUCGCCGGGACGGCCCGGUGAAGUUUGAGAAAGACUUCGACUUUGAGAGCGCCAACGCCCAGUUCAACAAGGAGGAGAUCGACCGGGAGUUCCAGAGCAAGCUCAAGCUCAAAGACGAGAAGACGGAGAGGUCUGAGAAGGCGGUGAACGGAGAGGAGAAGGUGGACGCCGGCGUGGAAUCCCUCCUCACCGAAGGGACCGCCGAGGAAGAGGGGGAUCCUCUCGGACCCAACUGCUACUACGACAAGUCCAAGUCCUUCUUCGACAACAUCUCCUGCGACGACACCAGGAAAGCGAAUGAGAAGUCUGGAGUCUCUGGUUUCCCGAGGGAGCGGAGGCAGACCUGGGCCGAGGAGCGUAGGAUGAAUGCUGAGACGUUUGGGCUCCCUCUGCGUCGAGGCCGUGGUGGUUACCGUGGACGCGGAGGGAUGGGUUACCGUGGCAGCCGCGGCCGCUCGGCCAGCAGAGGGUCCUUCGGUCCGCCGGGGGGGGGCUUCAGGGGCGGUUACCGGGGAAACCAGGCCGGGCGGGAGUUCGCUGACCUAUCGGCAUACAGGAAGGAUAACAAAGUGUCUGCGUAGUCUGGACACCGAGGUGGAACUUCUUCACGCUUCAAAACGGGGGACAGACAGAGAGUUUGGUUGACUUAAAAUAAUGAAGAUUGUGUACUAGUUGUAUAUUUGUCACCAGCACUGGGCGGG